GUGCACAGAUGAUCAAAAAAUUGUUUAGGCUAUAUCCAUACCAAAGAGCGUUGAUAAUUUUCAUGCCACAGAAGUAUGUUACCUUUAUUGCAUGCAGGAAAUCGUGUGGUUAGUUGGAUUUUGUGUUUAUUUUUGAUCUGAUUGUUACAGUUUAUUUUCUGUGGCAGUCAUUUAAUGUAUUUUGUAUUAGAUUUCGAUACUUGAAUUGAUACCAGCCAGAAACAUGGUUGAUACACAAACGUUUUCUCGGUCAGAAUUCAUUAAUUUGAUUAUUAGACUUGCAUUUUUGACGGGUGUAACUUUUUUUAGUAUUAAGUGGAUGAUUACUCAGCUUGAUCCCACCAACAAACAAAAGAAGACAGCCAAAAAGAAGGCAGAUGAGAAGUUGAGGCGCCUUGGAAUUGAGUAUAAGAAUUUGAAUGUAGAGUUAACAGAAUAUGAGUUGAUGAUUGCUGGGCAUUUGAUAGAACCAUCUGAUAUACCUGUAUCAUGGGCAGACAUUGCUGGACUGGAAGAUGUUAUUCAGGAGUUGAGGGAGACUGUUAUCUUACCAAUUCAGAAGAAAGAUUUGUUUGCUGACUCACAACUCACACAACCACCAAAAGGUGUUUUACUACAUGGACCUCCAGGCUGUGGGAAAACCAUGAUAGCCAAAGCGACAGCUAGUGAAGCACAUACACGAUUUAUUAACCUAGAUGUAUCCAUUCUCACUGACAAAUGGUAUGGAGAAAGUCAGAAAUUGGCUGCUGCUGUUUUCACACUUGCUGUGAAGUUGCAGCCUUGCAUUGUCUUUAUAGAUGAGAUAGAUUCCUUCUUGAGGAAUCGCAACUCACACGAUCAUGAGGCUACAGCCAUGAUGAAGGCACAGUUUAUGUCAUUGUGGGAUGGCCUUAUCACUGAUCCUAAUUGUACGGUCAUUGUGAUGGGAGCCACAAACAGGCCUCAGGACCUUGAUAGAGCAAUUCUUCGAAGGAUGCCAGCAACUUUUCAUAUUGGUUUGCCAAAUGUAACACAAAGGUGGCAAAUCCUGAGGCUUAUCCUUGGAAGUGAGCCAGUAGCUGAAGAUGUGGACCUUAACAGGAUGGCAAAACUGACUGAAAAUUUCUCUGGAUCAGAUCUCAGGGAGAUGUGCCGCACUGCUUCAGUAUAUAGGGUUCGUGAUUACAUGAAGGUUGAGGCUGGAAAAGAAAGCAGUGCUGGAACAAGUAAGUCAUCUCCACUAGGUGUCCUAGGCGAUUCAGAAGACGAAUUCCAUGAUGCGUUGCGACCGAUCACAAUGGACGAUCUUAUUAGGUCUCUGAACAAAAUGAAGGAAUCAAAAUUGCACACAGUUUUCCUGGAUCAGAUUGUAUUUGCAGUUCAUUAAGAGUUACUGUUAUGUUCCUGAAUCCUAUACUCAACAGAUGUAGGGCUGGAAACAGUUUUUCUAAUUUUUACAGUUUCACACAUUUGUGUUAUUAAUUUUAUACAAAUAUAUGUGAUUAGAUAUGGUGCCAAAAAUGGUUUAAUAACUGAAACAACACAAGGAAUAAUGCAUAUACUUGAGGGAAUUAAAGAAAUGUUCACACUACUGCACAAAUCAAAUUUGUAAACUGUAAAAUAAAGUUAACACAAUAAAAAGUUGCAUAAAGACAAUACUUGAAUGCAAAUGGAUGAACAAAUGAGAA